AUGUCUUCCGAGAGCCCUACCAAGAAGCUCAAGACCGAUGCGCCCGUCAUUGGCACCCAUAAUGGCCACUUCCACGCCGACGAGGCCCUCGCAGUUUCCAUGCUGCAGCUCCUGCCCACCUACCGCGAUUCUCAGCUCAUCCGCACCCGCGACCCCGCUGUACUGGCCGAAUGCCACACGGUUGUAGACGUAGGCGGCGAGUACGAGGACGACAAGAAGCGCUAUGAUCACCACCAACGUGGCUUCGAGGUCGUGUUCCCCGGUCACACUACCAAGCUCUCUUCUGCGGGGCUUGUAUACAUGCACUAUGGCAAAGAGAUCAUCACAGCCGUCACUGGUCUGGAAGGCGCCGACCGCGAUCUCUUGUACGAAAAGAUCUACACAGACUUCAUUGAGGCCUUUGACGCCAAUGACAACGGCAUCAACGUGAUUGCACCCAAGGAUCUUGAAAAGGCUGGACUGGAGAAGAAGUUUGAGGACCGCGGCUUCAGCAUCGCCAGCGUAGUUAACCGCUACAACUAUGGCCCCAAGUCGAAGACUUCAGACGAGACCAAGACACCAGAGGCAAAGCAGGCUGAGGAGGACAUGCGUUUCAUGACUGCUUCUCGCUUUGUUGGAGAGCAGUUCCGCUACGAGCUCAUCGACCGUGCCCAAUCGUGGCUCCCUGCUCGUCAUCAGGUCAAGCAGGCCUACGACGCACGUCUCCAGUAUGACCCCCAGGGACGCAUCCUGGUUCUGCCCGAUGGCAUGCCGUGGGCCGAUCACCUUUACAACUUUGAGAAGGAGACUCAACAGCCACAAGGUGUUGCUCCUCAGGUCCUGUACGUACUUUUCCCCGAAGACAAGCCCGAGGGCAAGUGGCGCAUCCGUGCUGUCAGCAAGGAGAAUGGUGGUUUCGAGAACCGCAAGGACCUGCCAGAUGCGUGGAAGGGCGUACGCGAUGAGCAGCUCGACCAGGUCUCUGGAAUCCCAGGCUGCGUCUUCGUGCAUGCUGCUGGUUUCAUCGGAGGAAACAAGACUUUUGACGGUACCCUCGCCAUGGCGAAGAAGGCGCUGGAGUUGUAA